GGAGCAGAGUCCGGGUCAACAGCAGAACAGCCUGACUCAGGUAAACGGAUCCUGAGCCUUGGUUCAGAGUCCAGGCAAAGUGGGUUAAGCUGCAGCAGGGCUCAGUGGGGCGGGUUCUUAUGGACAGAACCAGUGUUUUGGACCACUUUCCUGCACGGUGUCGUGUGAAGGAAGGCCAGAGGUGCUAUCAGCUGUUAUCAGCUGCUCUGCGCAGGUAUAAAGGUGUGGAGGGAGAGGUGGAGACAGCCACACGGGACUAACCAGAGCAGGAUGCAGAGGUCCGAGAUGCUGGUUCUGUUGGUGGUGUUUCUGAGCUGCACACAGGGGCAGAACUCCACCACCACCACCUGCAGCUCCUGCUCCAACGCCACACAUGCAGCCGGCACCACAAACAGCGCUGAGACUAAUGGAACCAGCCAGCCAAGCCCAACCACACCACAGGUCCACCAGUCCUCCUCUCCACCAGAGUCCAGUGACACCAGCACCUCCAGAACCUCCAGAACCUCCAGCAGCAGCAUCUCCAGCAGCAGCUCUGGGGGGCCACCUCCUGCCUCCUCCAACCCCCCCUCCAUCACUGCCUCCUCUCAGACGGACCUCCUGUCUUCAGGGGUGACUCGGACCUCUGCUGCGGCCCCCCACAGCUCCUCUGGCAGCAGCGCCGCCACCCCCCCGGCCUCCAGCCCGGCCACCGGAGGCUGUGGCCGUGCGUCUGGGCGCUGCAGGCCGGCCAUGCUGCUGCUGCUGGAGGUUUGCUGCGUCCUGCUGCAGCGCGCCCACGCCUGAACUCAGCCGGCCUCUCUCCUGUUAGCCAUGAAGACAAGCUGCAGAAGAAGGUUCAUCUGGUUACCAAUGUUAGAGAAAUGCUCCGCUUGAUCAGCAGUCAUGUGCUGGUCCUCUGCUCUCUUCUAUCUGAUCCUGAAGCACAUUUUUAAUAAGAAAUAUCAAAGUUUCACCCAGAAAUGAUCUGAAAUGAUGGAAACUGGUGUUUUUAUGACCAAUAAAGAGUUAACUGGA